AUGUUUUCAACGCUUAAACGUCUAUCCGACACUUUAAUUGAUACAUCUAAUAAACACAAUUCAAUCGACAUUUCAUUGAAACGAUUCGAUAAAAAAACUGGAAAUUCAACAACUCAUACUACUAUCAAGAGUCGAAUUCAAGCACUAAAAAACUCACUAGCAAGACCAGAUGUUCAUACUGUUAAUUAUAUGUCUUCAAUGGGUUUUGAAUAUACAGGUAAUGGAGAUGCAGCUAGAUGUAAAGACUGUGGACUUGAAGUGUCUAACUGGACAUUAGAUAUGAAUCCAUUUACUAUUCAUUCGAAGCAGCAACCUGAUUGUCCAUUUAUACUUUCUCUAGUAACUAACCCACAACGAAAUACACAUGAAUCUUCUAUUGCGUCAGCAACAACAAUUGCUGGGAAUGUAUCUAUAUCAACUGCAAGAGAGCAUCCUUCUAAACGUCGAAAAAUAGAAACAAUAGAUUUUCGAUCUGUACUAAAUACUUUAUUCGAAAGUAAUUCUCUUCAACAAAUAAGAAAACGUUCAUUUUCUCAUUGGUCACAUCAUAUUGUUCCUUCAAGUGCAGAAAUGAUUGAAGCUGGAUUUUUUAAUUGUAAUGUUGGCGAUCGCGUAAUAUGCAUCUAUUGCAAUAUUAUUUGUCAACAAUGGACACCACAUGUCGAUGAUCCAUGUGAAUUACAUAAAACUCUCUCACCUAAUUGUAUAUAUGUCAAAGCAAAAUUAAUGAACCCUACACAAUCAUCAAUAAUUAUUAUUAAUGAGCAAUCAACGACAACAACUACAGACAUUCAUUCAUCACAAACAAAUAAUCUCGAUUCAUUACGAUCAAAUUAUAUUGUCUUCACAACACCGUGUAAUUCUAAUUAUUCAGAAAUACCAAAACGUUACGCAUCAUUUACUACAUGGUCGAAUGAAAAUUCACCGUCAGUAGAUGCUUUAGUUCAAGCAGGAUUUUUCUAUUCAGGUAGAGCAACAAUAGUUACUUGUUUUUAUUGUAAUGGAUCGUUACAAAAUUGGGGUUCUAAUGAUAAUCCAAUAAUUGAACAUGCUCGCUGGUUUCCAUGCUGUCCAUAUGCGAAACAAUUAUGCGGCGAAGAUUUAUUUCGUAAAAUUCAAGAAUCCAAACGAAUACAAAAAGGUGAAUACUAA